AGAGCCUCCUCCGGCCACCGCUGGGCCGCGGGCGGGACGCCCGGGGCGGCGCGCGCAGGAGGAAGCGCGGCCCGCAGCGGCCCAGGAACUUCCCAGACGCCGAGUCGGGAGCGCGGGCCGCGGGGUCCGCUGGCGCCCCUGUUCCGCAGGUGUGCGGGGCUUGCGCCCAGCCCGGGCCGCAGCCGCCGCGCGCUUCCUCCCCGCUUGCCCGCCCAGAGGCCCCCGGCCACGCUCUUCGCCGGGCUCCGACCCCGCCGCGCCCCCUCCACGCCCCCAGCGCGCUGUGGCCGCAGCCAGCGCGUGUCCUGAGUCCGCCGUUCCGGCUCGGGGCUGCCAGGGAAGUUGGGGCGAGGCGGGCCGGGGAUGCGCCAUGGCCAUGGCCCGGCUGGGCUCGUGGCUCGGGGAGGCGCAGUGGCUCGCGCUGGUGUCGCUCUUCGUCGCGGCCCUGGCCACGGUAGGCCUGUACCUGGCGCAGUGGGCGCUGGCCAGGGCGCGACCCCAGCCCCAGCGGCGGGCGGUGGAGCCUGGAGAGGGGCCGCGCCCGGGGUCCGACGCGCUGCUCUCCUGGAUCCUGACGCUGGGCAGCUGGAGGAGCCAGUGGCAGGCGGCCUGGGUGACCGCCCUGAACGAGGAGGCCGAGAGGAAAGGGGGCCCACCUUUCCUGUCCUUUGAGGAGGACCCGCAGCAGCAGGCACUGGAGCUGGUGGUGCAGGAGGUCUCCAGCGUGCUCAGGUCGGCGGAGGAGAAGGUGGUGGUCUGUCACGUGGUGGGCCAGGCUAUUCAGUUCUUGGUCAGCGAGACGCCUGCCUUGGGUGCUGGAUGCCGGCUGUACGACGUGCGGCUCUCCCCUUUCCAUUUACAGCUGGAGUUCCACAUGAAGGAGAAGAGAGAGGACCUCCAGAUUAGCUGGUCUUUCAUCAGUGUGCCGGAAAUGGCCGUUAAUAUCCAGCCCAAAGCACUGGGGGAGGACCAGGUGGCUGAGACAAGUGCGAUGUCUGACGCUCUCAAGGACAUCUUGAAGCAUUUGGUUGGUUCUGCCUCUCCAUCAGUGGUUCUGAUCAUCAAGCCCACGACUGUAAAGGAAGCUCAGAACUUACAGUGUGCUGCAUCUACUGCUCAGGAAUCCUGUCCUCCUAAACCUCCAAGGGCUCACGAGCUAAAGCUACUGGUGAGGAACAUCCAUGCCUUGCUGCUCAGUGAGCCCGGUGCCUCAGGCCACAUUAAUGCAGUGUGCGUAGUGCAGCUGAACGAUCCUGUUCAGAGGUUCUCCAGCACCCUGACGAAAAACACUCCGGACCUCACGUGGCAAGAGGAAUUCACCUUCGAGUUGAAUGCCAAGUCGAAGGAGUUACACCUGCAGAUUUCAGAGGCUGGGCGAUCCUCACAAGGUCUGCUGGCGACGGCGACAGUUCCUCUGGACUUAUUUAAGAAGCAGCCUUCUGGGCCACAGAGCUUCACGCUGACCAGCGGGUCUGCCUGCGGCAGCUCGGUGCUGGGCUCGGUCACGGCAGAGUUCUCUUACAUAGAACCUGGUGAGUUGAAAUCCUGGCCCAUCCCUCCCCCUGUUCCUGCUGCAAAAAUAGAAAAGGACCGCACAGUGAUGCCCUGUGGGACUGUGGUCACUACUGUCACUGCUGUGAAGACCAAGCCUCGUGUCGACGUGGGGAGGGCGUCCCCGCUGAGCUCUGAUUCUCCGGUGAAGACUCCCAUCAAGGUGAAGGUGAUCGAGAAGGACAUCUCUGUCCAGGCCAUCGCCUGCCGCAGCGCCCCCGUCAGCAAAACACUCUCUUCUUCAGACACAGAAUUGUUGGUGUUGAAUGGUUCGGAUCCAGUGGCAGAAGUGGCCAUUCGACAGCUCAGUGAAUCUUCAAAGCUGAAACUCAAGUCGCCACGGAAGAAAAGCACUAUUAUCAUAUCAGGGAUCUCCAAGACCUCACUAUCUCAGGACCACGACGCUGCCCCGAUGCAGGGCUACACGGCCUCUGUGGACAGCACCCACCAGGAGGACGCCCCAUCCCAUCCGGAGAGGGCGGCAGCCUCUGCCCCGCCAGAGGAAGCCGAGUCAGCCCAGGCAUCCCUUGCCCCCAAGCUCCAGGAGGACGAGCUGGACUCCUGGGACUUGGAGAAGGAGCCACAGGCCGCGGCAUGGAGCAGCCAGGUCCUGCUGGACCCCGACGGUGAUGAGCUGUCAGAGAGCUCCAUGAGUGUCUCGGAGCCGGGCACUGCCAAAAAGCAUAAAGGAGGAAUUCUAAGGAAAGGUGCAAAGCUGUUCUUCCGCCGGCGGCAUCAACAGAAAGACCCAGGCAUGAGUCAGUCACACAAUGACCUUGUGUUCCUGGAGCAGCCAGAGGGUUCCCGGAGGAAAGGCAUCACCCUCACCAGGAUCCUGAACAAGAAGCUGCUCUCCAGGCACAGAAACAAGAACACCAUGAAUGGUGCCCCCGUGGAGCCCUGCACGUAGGGCCUGAGGUCAUCACCUCCAAGCCAGAAGACGUGCACCCGCGUUAACUACCCUCACCAGGACGCAGCCAGUGUGUCCGCCGGAUGUCCAGAUGCCCCGCUUGUCUUGCUGGGUUUCUUCCAACCAUCUCGUCAUUUAAAGGGAAAACAAAAUCUGAGUCUCCAGCCAGGAGGCUUCUCCCAGAGAGGACGAAAAAGCCCAACUUGCCACCAGAUGCUAAAUGAGACUUGACAGCUACAGAGCUUGGGCUGUGCUCAUAGCUAAGGGUUAGGGUUCAUAUUAGAAGGAGAUGAACAUUAUAAGUGAAAUAAUAUGCUCUAAUAGAUUGUGGAGGGCAGGUUUGAGGGACUCAGUUUACCUAUUCUACACUAACAAGUGUUGUUUCGGGUCCAUGCUUGGACCAUGUCACAAAAAGGACGUGCCCCCCUGUGCUGUCACUGUGAAUGGAAAGGAUGGGUCACCUCUCUUCAUCUGCUGCUUGGAAUAAAAAAUGCAGCUGGCCCUGAGUCCAGGGAAGUGGAACAUAGGCAGGAUUUUGGAUACAUAGAGAAAUUUUGAUAAGAAUGGAGACGCUACGACAGAUGUAGGAAGUCAUCUACCUUUGAUAUUAGCCAUAGAACUUGAACACUAACUAUAUCCUAUGCAUAGUAUGCAGAACACUUUUCUAAGUUUACUUUGAGCCUACUUGCAAGUGGAAGAUAUAUAUAUUCUCACAUGGUUUUUACAUUUUUCUCUAUCGUGUUAAAAGCUCUAAUAAUGCUAGUGGAGCAGUUGACAUCCAGGUUUUUUUUUCCUGCCUGUCAUACUUGCUAAACAAGAGCACAGCAGGCCUGUCAGAUGAAGUCAGGAGCCAUACGUGACCGCUCGUAGAACACAGUAACCAAACACAUACAUGGAUUUUGCCAAAUGCUGCCAGUAGCCAAAACAAAGUCUUUUUAGGGCAAUAGAGGAAAUUAUUUUGUGUCUCAGGUGUCAGUCUUAGGAAUGGAAGUUUAAUAACCAAUGGGCCAAACUCGCAGGACAUUCCUUCUAUGAGCGCUUCAGAAGUUUGCUGUGAACAGUCCUCUUGGACACAGGUCGGGGUGCCCUUGUUUGGGUUUGUUUUGGUGGAAAACAUGACAAACCUGAAUAUCCCUAAGUAUCAUUCCAGUCGCUUUCCUCAUCAGUUGCCUUUCUAUUUCAGUUCAUUCACAGAUCUCACUUCUGAAUGUGCCACUUCCAGUAGACAUGCUGGUCAAAGAGCAGUCAUCAUUGGGGUGAAGUUUUUGACAGUUUAAUAUGAUUCACUUUUCUCCAAAGACAUGUAAAAGGCUGUUAUGAAAGCUUGGCUUCUGUCCUGGAGAUGGAAAUGGGCAAGCUUCCUUCCGUAGCCUCUUGUUAAUCCUUAAACAUUAAAUAUUUUGGGGGUAAUAGAGCCACUGGUGAGUAAAAACCUAUAUAAAAACCAAAAUUAUAGGAUUUUUUCUUUUUUAGUAAAAACCUGUAUAAAAACCAAAAUUAUAGGAUUUUUUCUUUUUUAGUAAAAACCUAUAUAAAAACCAAAAUUAUAGGAUUUUUUCUUUUUUAGUAAAAACCUAUAUAAAAACCAAAAUUAUAGGAUUUUUUCUUUUUUAGUAAAAACCUAUAUAAAAACCAAAAUUAUAGGAUUUUUUUUCUUCUUUUUUAGAGAGAGAGAUUAGAAAACGACAUUAGGAAUUUCACUUUAAAAUGUGCAUUACAAACUUCUUAGGUGUUCCAGGAAUUAUCAAGUGACUUUAAAAUGACUUUUUCAACCUGCUUUGUUUUUUAAAAUUAUAUUCCAGUUUUAAUCAUUGUAAAAAAAGCACCUGGAGUUUCAAAAUAUGUGAAUACUACCAAGUUUCUGUCCCCAAAGUCAGGCAUCACUGCUAGUCUUUUGGGACAGAUGGGACAGAUGUUCACUUUAAUGUUUUACUUGAAGUUUUACUGCUCUUUGCCAUGUGGUAAAAAGAGGCUGAGACAUAUAUAAGAAUUCCAAGAGGAUAUUAUGUGUCAGAAUUUCAGACACUGAUGAGAAGUUUUUAAUUGUUCUUUUUUAUUUGAUUUUGGAAUUCAGGUGCACUCUAUUCAAGUGCAAGGAUAUCAGAAGUUUUUUUUUAUUUAAAAAAAUUUUUUUUCGAGAUGGAGUUUCACUCUGUUGCCCAGGCUGGAGUGCAAUGGCAGCUUACUGCAACCUCCACCUCCUGGUUCAAGCGAUUCUCCUGCCUCAGCCUCCCAAGUAGCUGGGAUUACAGGCACGCGCCACCACACCUGGCUAAUUUAUUUGUAUUUAGUAGAAAUGGAGUCUCACCAUGUUGGUCAGGCUGGUCUCGAACUCCUGACCUCAGGUGAUCCACCCACCUUGGCCUCCCAGCGUGCUGGGAUUAUAGGCAUGAGCCACCAGGCCGGCCCCAGGAUUUUAUAUUAAGCCUUCUUGCUCUCAAAAAAAAAAAAAAGUUUUUAACUAUUCCAUUUCCAGAUGAAUCCCAUGAGCGCUGCUUACUGUCGAAUACCAAGGUCUAGGGCUCUGCUUCCUGUAGACACGCUCACAUUGUCUCCAUCCAAUGGCCUUUUCUGAAGUUACAGAAAACACCAACAUGGGAGGGAGUUUAUGAAGCAAAGGCAAAGGAAACACGUCGGCUAGCUUCAGGGUAGCACCGUGAGAAACGGGCUGUAUUGAUACUGUGAAUGUUUGUUUUCCAAGCUGUUUUAUGCAGGUUUGUUUUUUCGUGGUGUAGGGUAUUUAUGACAAAGUAAAUGUUGUGAAGGUUAAAGAUAAAUUAAGAUUAUCCACCAAAUGCUAAAAAUACUGAUGUGUAAAUCACCUUUAUCGCCUCACCUCUUCUACAAGCUUUUGUGGCUUGAGGGCUUUUGUUUUUGGCUUUUGUCUGGAUGAAAGUUUUGCCCAGUUGUGUUUUAAAAACGAUUCCUCAUGAACACUAAGAUUAAUUGUGUCUGUAUCUCUGGAACUGGGUGCUCAUGUUGGUUUUAAUGAGCUUGCAACCCUUCCCCGUUUGCUUUGUUUAAGGAGGUGCCUCUGUUCUUUGUGGAGGAGUGAAAUGGAGCUUUAAGUGUGUGUGUGUGUGUUAUGUGUGUUUGCACACACGCGUGUGUUAUUGUAGCAAUAACAAAAAGUAGCCAUCUCCUUGUUCCAGCUGAAAACUUGCUGUGAGAGUUUUGACAGAGCACUUUAUUUUAGUCAAGUUUCAAGUCUGAGUUCAAAACCAGCCCUGAUCCCUUAUGACCAACUGCUACUCGACCAGUCGCCACUCAGUGGCCACCUGGUGCCCGUUUAGAUUUUUGCUUGGGUUUUACUGGCCACCUCUAUAGACGAGAGUUGCAAAGUUGCUUUGAGCAGAGAGGGAAAGAUUAAUUUACACUGCUGGCCACCGAAGGCAGGUGUUUCCUGGGUAGUAAUCUCACAGCUCUUCGUCUGGAAACUUCAGAGUACAAAUUGGUGGAUGGUGGAAGGCAGGACACGUAUCUCUGUCCGACGGAAAACAGACCUCGAGGCUGCCAGGCCCUCUCCCCACUGCCCCAAACCGGCCUAGACACGAAGACCAAAGCAGCCUGCACAGGACAAGGCCCCUGCGGAAUCCUGCAGAGCAAACUCAGGUUACCUUGGGUCCAUGACCGUUUGCAUUCGAAACACAAUACACUGCCUCGUUCUCUCAGUUAGCAGCUGGGCAGCAGCGCACCAUUCAUCAUUUAGGCUUGUGGUUUGUUGUUUACUCUACCAAUGUUAUGUCGAAACUGCAUUGUAAAAAGAGAAGAAAAUGGGAGGUUUUCCAGGUCCACGGAAAGGUUUGGCCUGACGCUGGAGUGCGGUGAUGAACUUACGUGACAAUGAUUGUAUUCCUCAGUAGCACUUUAAACGCCGAAGACAGCCCUGCAGCAAGCCUGCACACGGGCUUGGGUGGGUUCCUUUGGAGAAGAUGUGGCUGGAACACAAACAAUCUUUGAAAGAAAUAAAUGUGCACACAGAACACUA